AUGGCCGAGGAAGAUGAAGGUCAUUCAACAAUGUCCAUGGUAGAGCCAGGUGAGCGGCCACAGACCGCACGGAAGGACUCGCGCAAGGUACCCGGCGGAUUUGGCAUCGACGACGUGGACGAUCUCUCCCCUACGAAGCAAACCUUUGACGAAUCGGGUGUCGAAAACACCAGCUUCAGCGCACAAGAUGAGGGUCACCGCAAGCCUUCCCUCGAUCCAGCGUCGCUGCCAUCACUCCCCGCGCCGACUGAUAGCAGUCUCUACUAUAACCAAAGCGAGGAUGGAGACAAGUUUGAGGAAUCUCUAGACGAGACAGCUAUGGAACGGCACUUGAACGAUGUGGAAUCCAGUUUUAUGCCAGUACAUUCGCCCAUCAGCGUGGUGGAACACAAAGGUGCAGACGAUACAUUUCUGUUCGAUGGAGCGCAAGAGAGUCGACCAGUCAGCGAACUACCCGUUGCAAAAACACGAACUUCCGAAGACUUGAGAGAAACUCCUCCUGGCUCACCUCCUUCCUCUCCGAGCAACUAUAAAACACCUUUUGCGGGCGAUAGCACUUCUUCUGCGAACGAGGAGUCGAGCAAUACUACAUCUGCCAUGGAAUCAAUGUCGUCUUCGCCCACCGCAGCAGCGGCAGCCAGGACGGUGUCGCGUGCUCUAUCCACAGGAAGCGUAGGAACAGCAACGGAUGGCCAUCCAAAGUCCGCUGAGGAGGCGCAUUCAGACUAUGAAGAGGACUUUUACCCUACACCAAGAAAGCCCAGCAACAACUCUCUGUUAGGCACUGCAGAUAUCCCUCUUCGGCAUCGUCUUUCGAAUGGCAGUAUGAACUUAGAUGCUGGCAGUACGCCUGGGGGUGCAUUACUCAACCGAAAACAAUCCUCCAGUAGACCAAAAUUCCUUCGAAGUCGACAUGCUAGUCAGCACUCCUCGGUCUCGUCUUUCAUCACAAAUCCAGAUUCUCAAGAUGGAAGUGAGAUAACACUGGGGGCGGAUUAUGCGCUACAGUCUGGUGGAGCUGUACCUACAUCCGGGUUUUCAAGGACCAACAGCAUGGGGUUAUCAAGAACGAUCAGUCUAGGUAGUAUUGCAUCUGGGAUCGAGGAUACCUCUGGUAGUAUUGAAUCGAUAAGCCGCGGUGUCGAUGGGACUCUGGCGGUUCUUACAGAAGAAGAACAAAAUCGAGAACGCAGAACAGUUGAAGAUAUUUCGCCCCCAGAGACACCCAGAGCCGCGAUCAGAUCUAUUGCUGCACCCACAGACACCAUCAUCGCUCGACACGUACGCAAUGUGCAGGUACCAGAGUCAUUGGCCAAAGAAUAUCGCAACAAGAGCGGUGUACCAUCACCAAAUAAGCGAUCUGGUUUUACGAGUUCUUCGCUUGGCCGUACAGGGAAGAAUCUGACGCUCAAAGAACAAAGUAGUACGAUUGAGAGAUUGUCGAAGGAGAAUUUUGAUCUCAAGCUGAAGGUUAUGUUUCUGAGUGACCGACUGGACAAACUAUCAGAAGAAGGUGUUCGUGAGAUGAUCUCUGAGAAUGUAGAAUUAAAGACAGGACUUGCUGUGAUGCAGCGUGACAACAAAGCUCUGAAACGCAAAGUAAAGGAGUUGGAGAAGCGAUUGCAGGACGAUGAGGAAAGGCCCAGCACAGCUCGAUCAGGAACGUCAACAGGUGACCCAAGUCCAAAAUGGUUUGACCAGGAAGGGGCUCAAGAGCGAGAGGAAGAACUCUUGUACCUCCGCGAAAGGGUUGAGGAGUAUGUGACUGAAAUUGAGAAACUCCGAAAUGAUAGCAUCUCGCGUGAAAACGAGAAACGUCAUUUGGCCGAAGUCGUACGAUCGAUGGGCGAGCGACGGGGGCAAAAUAUGGACGCCCGAGAGGAAAUGGAUGUAUGGAAAGACAUGCUAGAGCAAGAAAUGGUACACCGUGAGCAGGCUGAUGAAGAAAACAAGACGCUGCGAGAAGAGAUAUUCAGGCUUAAAACGGAGACCAUACCUGCACCUGGCCUAGCUGGGCUUAACCACACGACCAACAUCUACAACAUCACCAAGAAAAGACAGAUUUCGCCCUCACGGCCAAGAUCAGUACUUUCUGAAGAACGAGCCGACGACAGGACUGGUGCUUUCAGUGCAGCUAGUACCGUGGUAGAAGAUCUUAGACAAAAUUGUGAGCAACUGAGGCACGAGAAUGCCGAACUUCGGCGGGAAGUUGGAGCACAGACUGCUAUGCUUACAUCUCGCAAUCGCGAAAAAGAGAGGCUUCAUCAAGAAAUUGAAGACCUAAAAAUGCUUCGAAGAGGCGGUGCAGGCUCCGUUGCUGGAGACAGCAUCCUUGAUCGAUCGGCGUCGCGGGCACACGUACGCUCAGCAUCUCGAUCAAGCGCUGUGACCAGAGUAACGACCAUGACAGACGCAGAACGAGAAGACUACGAAAACAAGACCGCAGAGCUUCGGGACCGUAUCAAUAGUCUUAAAAUUCACAACCAAGAUCUGCAGCGCGAGCUGGAAUCAUGUAUGGAGGAUUUUGAGACCGCUGUGGAGCAGAAAAAGCAGGCUGAAGCCCUCGCCAGUGAAAUGCAAGAAGCGUUAGAAACUGCCGAAGCAGACUUGUUAACCAUGCAAACUGACAGAGACGAAGCGCUUCAAGGACAGGAAGAGGCCGAAAUCAUGUUUGAAUCGCUCAGGAAAGAAGCCCAAGAAGAGCUCGAUGGGUUUGCUGCAGAGGCUGAGGAAGCCCAGACUGAGAUCGAGCGACUGCAAGCCGAGUUAGCAGAUACAACGGAGAACUUCAAUUCUUUGCAGAACGAGAUGCGCGAAAUGAGUGAAGGCGUUGUCAGACUGGAAGAUGAGCAUGAGAACCAAACCCGAAGAAUCCAGGAUCUCGAACACGACCUGGAAGAGGCUAACAGAGAGCUUGAGCAGAUGGAAAAGAACCUCGUUGAUGUCAAUGGCAAGAACCAUCGUCUGACAGUCCAGCAAGAGUCGAGUCAGGGUGAGAUUGCCUUCCUUCGCGAGGAACAAGAUGGCGAUAAAAUUAAAAUUGGUCAUCUCGAAGCCGCGAAUAGGGCAUUUGACCAAGGCCUGCGUGAGGAGCGUGAGCGCGUUCGGGAAUUAGAGGAGCGUUUGGCGGCUGAGCGGCAUCAAAGAGAGGUCGUUGCAGGCAAGGAGAAACAAGAGGUUCAGCAGUAUAUCAACGAAUUGAACCGAGAAACAUCGACUGCGAAAGACGAAAUUCGCCGUCUGAAGAAGACUUUGAAUUCCAGAGAAGUAGAGGCUGCGGAGUGGAAACUCCGGCUGCAGGAGCUCGAAAACAAUUUGAGGGAAGCUUUGGGCGACCUUAAUGGUACUAGAUCGAGUCUACUGACCGGCAUCUCCAAACUUCAGAGAGACCUAGAGAAGAAUAUGCAGGACCUUGAUAGGACGAAAGCUUCUCUUAGCGAAAAGGAGCGCCAGAUACGGCGGAGUCAAGAUCUUCUCGAGACUGCUGCGCUCGAGUCUCGCAAACUUGCUGAUAUGAAUGAUAAAGAGAAAGCAGCCCAUCGUAACACGAUGCACCAGUUUGAAACUUACCAAAAGACCACUCAACACACAAGUCGAACUCUCUCCCAGCAAGAAUCCCGUAUUCUUGAACUCGAGACUUCACGACAAGCUGAUAAAAGGAAAAUCUCUACUCUUGAGAACAACUUCAAGGAUCAAAUGAAUGAACGCAACAAGCUCCUUCUAGCGAUAUGGAAUCGUUUAAGUGCGCUUUGCGGAUCAGACUGGAGUCACAAUAAUAGUCUUAUUAAUGGACGUGCCUUACCAUCUCUUGAGGCAGUGUCCACCAUGCUUCCUGGGUUCGCGAAAAACCUACUAAGCGCUGUCAAAACUAUUGAAGGUCUUAUUGGCGAUUUCAAGACACGUAUCCGCAACAUCGAAAAGGAUCUUUGGAAAGAAUACCAGAGCCUGGAAUCCAAUCUUGACGUUCGUACAAAGCGUCUCGAUCGUUUGGAGACUCUCUCUAGGAGCGCUGUCCCUGGAACCCAUAAUGAUGGCAGAGCGGAACUUACUAAGUUAAGAGAUGUCAACAAGACUCUGAAAGCCGAGUUAGCAAGCCUGAGAGCCGCCUAUGAAGUCCGCUCGACAGCCUUUGAUAACCAAAGUCCUAGUCCAUCUGUGCCCACAGGUCCACGAGCUAAAAUCAGUGACAGAAGUAGGACUUCUACGCUGACACGUGCUCAAUCAGCGUCAGUAACCGAGACGCUCAACCACCACAAAUCUAGAAGCGAAAGCACAAGUCUGAGUGUCACGCCGAGCAAAAGCUCAAGUGGAAGCGGCGCCAACGACGAUACCUACACCCCUGAUCUCCGCUGGCAGAUCCGCUUGCAAGAGCUCGAAUACAAGCUCAAAGCCGAGCGCGAAGCACGAAAAACCGAUCGUUCGAGCGCUAGACAGAGGUUACAAGAGGCGAGUCGCGAGAAUGCGGAGUUGGUGGCGGAGGUGGAGCGGAAUAAGGUGCGGGCGCAAAUGGGACGGUGA